CAUUGCAUCAUCCGCGUGACGUAUCGGAGUGUGUUUCCAGUCUCGCUGUGAUACGCGUGGUAAAUAUCUAAAUAGCGAAGGGAGUGUAAGUUCGCAAACUUUUACAGUGACAUGAAAUCAAGCAUAUAAAUAUCUACGUAAAAUGUGAAAGAUGGCUCCAAAAAAUAAAGAAAAUUCCUCUGGAAAUAAAAAAAAGAGACAGCAAGUGUCCGAAGAAGACGAUGACGAAGAUUACAGAAGACGUAGGGAUAGGAACAAUCAGGCUGUAAAACGCUCGAGAGUUAAGAGCAAAUUGCGUACCCAGCAAACGCUAGAACGCGUGAAUCAAUUAAAAACGGAAAAUGAGUUACUGGAGGAGAAGAUUAAGAUGCUUACCAAGGAAUUAGGAUUCUUAAAAGAUCUGUUCCUCGCACACGCAGGCUCGAGUCAGCAUUCCGUGAACUUUCAAGACGUGGACUUGAACGCUCUCCUAGCCGAUGACACGAAGCCUGAAGAUCGCGCGAAACAGACAGCUAAAUAAAAUAUAAUAUGUUCCACGUGAUGUAAACAACGUGGUGUUGAACAAAUCUGAGAUAAAGAUGCGCUUUGGUUCGUCUGUUUUUAAUAAGAAGUCGGACAUCUUGGAACGAUGCCUGUCUUCCAUUGAUUUUUAAUUAAUUCGAGCUGUAUAGAUCUUUGGUACAGAGAGUACCAGGAAUCAUUGAAAAAAAUCUUAACUACCGAAGAAGAGGAGUAGAAAGUACAAAAUCAAAACGUUGAAAAAUUGAAAAGUAUAAAUUAUUUUUUAUUCAAGGACAUGACGAUCUAUUAUAUGCAUAAAUCUAGAAAAUAAGGACUUAUGCAGAUCUGUAGAUACAUAUAAAUAUGUAAAGGAUUGUAUAAUUCCACGAAACAUUUUAAUAACAAAUGUAUUUCAUAGAUUCCUAUCUAUUUUUACGCUGUACGAAUAGCGCGUAAUAUUUUAUUUCAUUCAUUCCACUGUAAUCGAAUUCUUAGCACUUACCGUUAAGCAUUUUACUUGUAACUAAGAGAUAAUUGAAUAAAGUAAGCAGAUUCCUUGCUAUGAAA